CUGAAAUAUUUGGCUCCAGAAUGCUAAUAGGUUUGGCGCCUCCCCCAAUUUAGUUUACCAAGAAAAAAUGAAAGUAGCAUUUCUUUCGUGGCCAAACCCGCACUUUCUUCGUUCCAAAGAAAAAAGCGCCCUCUCCUGGCCCCUCCGCCUUCAUCCCUUCUUCCCCCGACCACCCUCUCAUAGUCUUCUGGCCUCUCUGCCUUCAUCUUUUCUUCCCCCAACCACCCUCUCCAGGCCACUCCGCAUUCCUCGCCGUUGGUCUUGCCUUUUCCUCCCUCAAAUGCCCUUUUGACGUCCUCAUAACCUUCUCCUUUGAUGCCUUUCCUUCUGAUGCUCAACCCAGUAAUUAACCUAACAACACAAACCCUCACUUCCCGGUUUCAAGUGCCCCACCACCUCCGCCUCCCACCAUCGGCAACCGUCGCGGCGUCGCGGCCUUUUUAACUCAUACGAAGAGAUGUGCUUCUGGCCAGGUAGAUAUGUUGGCAUCAAUGCCCCUCCUCCGGCCGCCUUGGCCUCUUCCAUUUUCGGACCUUUCUCCUCACCUUCCAGUCCCUUUAAGGAGUUGGUGAAGAUAGACUGCCCAGCUGAUUCCCUCAUAGGCACUCUAGUGCUCGAUUUCAAUCCCAGGGAUUAUUUUCAGGGCAACCCGCUGGUGAUUAAGUAUGUGAAAGUACCAUUGAGAACAAGCCCAUCAAACUCCAGAUUUUGGACACUACUUAUUACCUCAGAGCGCUAUGGUUGACUCUCUGGUGGAAGAAGGUGUUGUUUCGGCUCUGGUCAAUCUGUUCUGCUUUGGAACUGCGUUGACAGCACAAGUUCUGUUUUCAUUAUGGUCAAUCUUUCAUGUCUACUACCUGAUUUUGUCCAUUGUUUUCCAUUGCUAUCUUUGCCUGUUGAUAAUAAUGACUUCCCUUUCAUUGUGCAGGGCAUACGGCUAGCUGAUGCAGUGAUAAGGUGUUGAAAGUGGAGCAGAAAUACAACGAUUUUCUCUAGCCAUUCUAUGACAAGAAAGACGUUAUCAUCAAGUCCAUUCCUUAAUUAUGUUUGACAGAUGUGGAUAUUUCUUGAAUUUUCACCUACUUAUCUACCUAAAUGAAUUUUAGUUGAAAAUGUAUUGAGAACUCGCUAAUGGAAGAGUCUUGGUAAUGUGCAGUUUUUAAGUCGUCCUACAAUUGGUAAUCUUCUCAAAGAGGAAAACCAGAAGGUGUGUUUUAAAAUGUGUAAUAAAAUGUGUAAGUUGGU